GUCCGGUUCAUUAGUUCUUGUUUCGUUUGUCGGGUUUUGUGAAGUUUUUACCGUUUAGUUUGAUCACUGUGAUCGUGUUUUAAGGAGUAAAAACAAACAUGACCGAGGAUGUCCAGAAGCACUCCGUGCACACGCUUGUGUUUCGCUCUCUAAAGAGGACUCAUGAUAUGUUUGUGUCGGAUCGUGCCACACCAAUAUCGCUGGAUGAGAAGAGCCACAAGGUGAAGAUGGCAGUGAAGAUGAGGACAGAAUACGGGCCUGUGUUACACAUGCCCGUGUUGAAGGAGGGCAGAGACAAAGGGCAACUCCAAACUUCUGAUCCAUAUGGCCAGCUGGGAUACCCACUGUCUGACAAUAGUUCAGAUUACCUGGUGACAGGAACUCAUCUCUACCCAUCUGCUCCAGGAGUGGCCCUCACUGCAGACACACAGAUGCAGAAGAUGCCCAGUGAAGCUGGCAUUCAUUCCAUGACUCUGGCUCUUCCUCCCUCACAAGCAAGGCAGGAUGCCAGUCGAACUGCUGCCAGUGUGGGAGAUAUCCACAGACAUGCAGGAGGUGCAGAGAGAUCUCAUCCUCCACAGCACGCACUGUCUCUUAUGGAAGGAGGCACCAAGAAUUCUUCACUAGUGGCUAGAAAGGCUCCUACAAUGCCCAAACCUCAAUGGCAUCCACCAUGGAAACUUUAUAGAGUCAUCAGUGGGCAUCUGGGAUGGGUCAGGUCUAUAGCAGUGGAGCCUGGGAACCAGUGGUUUGUGACUGGAUCAGGAGACAGAACUAUAAAAAUCUGGGAUCUUGCCAGCGGUAAGCUGAAGUUGUCUCUGACGGGUCACAUCAGCACAGUGAGAGGGGUGGCUGUCAGCACACGCAGCCCUUACCUCUUCUCAUGCGGGGAGGACAAACAGGUCAAAUGCUGGGAUCUGGAAUAUAACAAGGUUAUAAGACACUAUCACGGUCAUCUAAGUGCAGUUUAUGACCUUGACCUUCACCCAACUAUUGAUGUCCUCGUGACCUGCAGUAGAGACGCCACGGCGAGGGUUUGGGAUAUCAGGACCAAAGCAAAUGUCCACACCCUCUCGGGACACACUAACACCGUGGCUACUGUCAAAUGUCAAGGUGCCGAGCCACAGGUGAUUACUGGCAGUCAUGACAGCACUAUUAGACUCUGGGAUCUGAUCGCUGGGAAGACGAGAGCCACGCUUACAAACCACAAGAAAUCUGUCAGAGCAUUGGUGCUCCAUCCCAGACAGUACACCUUUGCUUCUGGCUCUCCAGACAACAUUAAGCAGUGGAAAUUUCCUGAUGGGAACUUUAUCCAGAAUCUUUCAGGACAUAAUGCCAUCAUCAACACACUGGCUGUCAAUUCGGAUGGAGUACUUGUGUCAGGAGCUGAUAACGGCACCAUUCACAUGUGGGAUUGGAGGACUGGCUAUAACUUCCAGAGGAUUCAUGCAGCGGUGCAGCCCGGUUCUCUGGACAGCGAGUCGGGGAUCUUUGCGUGCGUGUUCGAUCAGUCUGAGAGUCGGCUCAUAACGGCGGAGGCUGACAAAACCAUUAAGGUCUACAGAGAGGACGACACAGCUACUGAAGAAUCCCACCCGGUGAAUUGGAAACCUGAGAUCCUGAAGAGAAAAAGAUUUUAGAUAUUUGUAUUUCAUUUGUUUUGAUCCCUUCAUUGUGUAACAUUUUGUUUCCGGAAAUUGCCAUGCUGUUGUCUGCUUACAGCAUAAACAUAAACCGCAGUUCCAACGAUUGAAGUGAAAUGGUCAGAGGAUUUGCCAUAAGAGGUUACAUGUUGGUUCAAUCUGCCUAUUUAAAAAAGUGGAACAUUUGUAGUCGUAGACAAAUAAAUGUCAUGUUAUCAUGUCACAACGUCGUUGUGACACGCAAGAACAAACAAGGUUUGAUGUUAUCGACGUAGCAACCAUUCAGUGCUGUUUAUGUACUUCAUUAAUUGUUUGAUUUUAUUUGAAAGUGAAAAAUGACUUCAUUAAAGGAACAGUUCACCCAAAACUAUCAUUCUCUCAUCAUUUAAACUCUCACGUUGUCUCAAACUUGCAUUAUUUCCUCCAAGUUUUUUUUUUUAAGACAUUUGAUGUGUUUCUAUUGAUACAUGUAAUGUAAUGUUCUCUGCAUAGUGCAGGUUUAUGAUGAAUAUCCCCUGGAGUCGUGAGUUUGAAUCCAGGGCGUGCUGAGUGACUCCAGCCAGGUCUCCUUAGCAACCAAAUUGUACCGAGUCACAUGGGGUAACCUCCUCAUGGUCGCUAUAAUGUGGUUCUCGCUCUUGAUGGGGCGUGUGGCGAGUUGUACGUGGAUGCCGAAUACGGAAGCCUCCACACGCUCUACGUCUCCGCGGUAACGCGCUCAACAUGCCACGUGAUAAGAUGCGCGGAUUGGCGGUCUCAGACGCGGAGGCAUCUGAGAUUCACUACGCCACCACUGGGACUUCGAGCGCAUUGGGAAUUGGGCAUGCCAAAAUGGGGAGAAAAACAUGGAUUAAGCCACUCUGAGUCAUAUGAAUUACCUCUGUGGCAUCUUUAUGUCCUUUUUGAACCUGUGGACUUGCAUUGCAUGGAUAUAAACCUAUGAGACAUCAAUAUUUGUGUUCUGCAGAACAAACUGAGUUUGAGAUGGUGUAAGGAUGAGCAAAAUAAUAAUUUUUUUUGGUAAACUGUUCCUUUAAAUGAUUUCCUUGUAUGGUCCACAGAAGGAAAAAGGCACAUGGGUUCAGAACAAGAUGAGGGUGAGUAAAUGAGAGUUUUUUGGGGGGGUUGAACUGUUCUUUUAAGGUCUGUAGUACAACAGCCAUAUCUCUAAAACUGCUUUGAAAUAGCUGACUCAGUAUUUACUGAUUCAUGUGCCACAGCACAGAUUACGAAAUCCUCUUUCAUCAGGGAACAUCAGGGAGCUUGGUGUGCUGCCUAGUUGAACCCAUGACCGUGCUCUGUCCAGUUCAAAAGGAGCAAUAGUGACUUAUUGACCAUGGUCAACUGGUACACAGAGGUCAACACACCCCCACACGACCUGAAUAACAAACAUACACAAACAAACUCCCACCCUCACAUCUCAUCAGGCAGAUCUCUUAUGGCCAGCAAAAUAAUAAUAAUUUGUCAUAAUGUUUCCCACUUUUACUUGACUGUAAUCACUGAAAUAAUAAGGAUAAGCAAUCAAUAAUUUUAUGAAAGGAAAGUUUUUAAUAAAAUUACAAAUCUCUUAAAUGCUUUUACAGUUUGCUUUCGCACAUUCAUUUUUGUUCUGUUCCAUUUGUGUACAUUUGUUAGACCGUA